CGGGAGGUCUCUCUUCUGUUUCGCGAGCGAGUCGCCGGCCAGCGAGCGAGAGGAAAUUUUGAACGACGACGGCUCUCUCAGGCGAGCAACCGCGAGCUUUAUCCAUCUUAUCUGUCACGUACGGGAUACCGCGUUCAAUCGAAAUCGUCACGCGCGCGUUUAAUAAUUCUCUCUUCAAAACCGUUCUGGCUCUGUUCGAAAUACGCGCGCGCAUUGAAGAAGAUAUUCAAUUGGUACAGCAGUGUUUUUGAAUAUUCGGAGAAGAAAAGGCGGGAAAGUAGGCGAGAUUUUCCUCUUCGCGUUGUUUUGAAAAUACCGUCAUGGCUCAUCGCGGAUGAGAAAAUAGCGCGCACGAUUGAACGCGUGGUUCGCCGGCGCGUCGCCAACCGGCCUCGUCGGGGAGACGAAAAGGAAAAAACGCCGCGAAAUUGCGUGAGAGCGGAAACGCAAGAAGAGAAGAACGCGUGAGGAAAUUGACGACACGCGAAUCCCCGUAAGAACAAAGUGAUAUUUGAACGGAACGACGAUGUCGACGGAGAAAAAAGCAGACGAGCGGAUUCCCGACGGGACCAAACCGCAGCAAAAUGGUUACAGCUCUAACAACACCGAGGAGCUGCAGCUCGAGGACGUCAAUGAAGAGACAAUCGAGGUGGAAAUGGUGGUACCACCUGACGGAGGAUGGGGCUGGGUGAUUGUCAUAGCAUCGUUCAUGUGCAAUCUCUUCGUCGACGGUAUCAUCUUCAGCUUCGGCGUGUUUCUCAAUGACAUCGCAGAUGCGUUUUCCGUGUCGAAAGCGAGGGUCGCGCUAGUCGGCUCGUUGCAGACUGGAUUUUAUCUUAUGGCUGGUCCUUUUGUAUCAGCCCUCGCUAACCGAUACGGCUUUAGGCUGGUGGCGAUAUUGGGAAGCGUGAUAAGCUGCUUCGCCUUCGUCCUCUCGUAUUUCAGCACGUCCAUCGAAUAUCUUUACAUUUCUUACGGCGCCAUCGGUGGUAUCGGAGCGGGACUCAUAUACGUGCCGGCCGUGAUAACGACCGGAUUUUACUUCGAAAGAUGGCGAGCUCUGGCGACAGGUAUCGCGGUGUGCGGAUCGGGAAUCGGUGCGUUUCUGCUCGCGCCGAUCUCGGACAUACUCGUGAAAAAUUUCGGCUGGAGAGGAGCACUGCUGUUUCAAGCGGGUAUGCUGUUAAAUUGCGCCAUUUUCGGCGCGCUAUUUCGGCCGCUAAAGCCAACGCGGAUUAAGGUAAAGAGCACUCCGGAAAAUGCCGAGGCUACAACCACGUUAGUAGGUAAGGGAGAAGGGUCGACGGCGUCGUUGCAUUGUGUACAGCCGAACAGAAGCGGUUUCCUCGGCACAAACAACAACACGGAAUAUCCGACGGCGGCAGAAGUCAUCGGCAGCAGUCCUAACAUAGUAACAACGUCCAAGUCCUUGCACUCGCUGCAUAAAAUGAACAUCGAGAUUCGACCUAUAGAGCGAAAAGUCAGCACGUCAGAGAAACGGUUAUCCGCGCCAAUAUAUCCCGAUACGAACAUAUUGGAUGUGGCGAAUAAUGAGGACAAGAUAGCGGAAGAGGAGAACAAUCUGCUCAGCGGCGACUUGGAACGUUUGAAUGGAAAAGUACCGACGAUUCGCCGACAUACGAUCAGCCGUUUACGAACGAACUCGGAAUGCAGUCAGAAGUCUCUUCGAAUGGGGAAACGGAAUCCGAAAGAUCCGCAGAGACCGUUUUACAGAGACGACAUUUUCUACGGCGGUUCUUUAAUGAGACUUCCUCAUUACAGAUCGCAGCAAUCGUCGGUCGGUUAUCACAUGUCAGUGACGCGGCUGCCAACGGCAACGGAUGUGGCGGAAGAAGAGAGCGGGAGUUGCUACCUGUGUCCGGAAAGCGUGCGCCGAAUUCUGACCACAAUGCUCGACCUAAGUCUUCUGAAAAGUCCGUCCUUUUUAGUACUGGCGAUUUCCGGCGGUCUCACCAUGAUGGGCUUUUAUACGCCUUUCAUGUAUGUCCCGGAUCGAGCCAUAAAAGCAAAUAUCGAUCCUUCGACCGCGAUGUUCCUGGUUUCGGUCAUCGGUAUUGGCAACACUAUCGGUCGUAUCGUGUGCGGUUUAGCGAGCAGCUUGCCGGGGGUUAACGCUCUGGUUGUGAACAAUUUGUUUAUUAGCGUCGGCGGUUUAGUCACCAUGUUUUCCGGCCUUUCACUCACGGAAGCUUAUCAAUUCUUUUACGCGGCCAGCUUUGGUAUCAGUAUAUCCGUCUUCGCGUCUCUGAGAUCGAUUCUCGUCGUGGAUCUGUUAGGUUUGGAGAAACUGACGAACGCUUUCGGAUUGCUCCUUCUGUUUCAGGGCGUGGCGGCUACUGUGGGCGCGCCUAUCGCAGGUGCGUUCAUGGAUGCGACCGGGAGCUAUGACGCGUCGUUCUACUUAUCCGGCAGCCUGAUUCUCUUGUCGGCCGUGAUUUGUUAUCCGCUGAAGAGGAUCAACACGUGGGAGAAGAAGCGCCGUGAACAGAAUCUGACUGCGGCGGAUUCCUUCGCGUCCUGAAAUGAUUGAAAGCGCAAAACUGUGCCAUUAUACUCCCCGCGUGCUCGCGCAAUCAGUCGCUAAGUAUACGCGCGCUUGCGCAUGUAUUUAACGCACAACAAUUUUCAGCAGGCGCUCGAGAGUCAUCAAUGUAAUAAAUCUAUAUAGCGCGCCGGCUCAUAUCGCGCUAUGAUCGACUAAAGAACGAUCGAUCGCGCGCACGCGCUCGAGAAAAAGUGGACGUUCAAUCAUGUGCCUAAAAUAAUUAUUAAAAUCGUCUUAUAAAACAAACAACAUGUAAGUGAGAAAAACCACUUGCGAUCUCGUUGAAGCUACGAUCGCUUUAUUCAAUGAGAUUCUAUUCCUCAAAGUGACUCAGCGUUCUUCCGCGUGAUCUCUUCUCUCUCUCUUGUUGCAAUUACGAAGUUUGCGACAAACGCUCUAUACAUUCCGCUGUGCAAAGAAUUUUCUCUUGCAAAAUUUUUGGAAAAAAAAUAAAAAAAGUUGGACUUUUUACAAAGAAUUUUAAGAGAAGAUUAUAACGCAAAACUUUAUUUUUUCGAUUGUUCCGUCCAGCUGCUCAUUCCAUAUUCCGCAAAAGUGGAAUUACGAAAACACGAUGAAAAUUCGUUUUUUAAAAAACGUUUUGCUCCGAAAGUCUGACCUACGCUUAUCCACAUCUUCCUUGAACGCCGGCGAGCGUGAAACAGAGUAUUUGUAGCUCAUGUUUGAUGCAAAACUCAACAAUUGAAUUUUUCUCUCGAAAAAACGUAAAAACUACAUUACACACGAAACGGUAAAAUAAUAAGAUUACAAAUGCAAAACAGUUAAGAUAAUUGUGACAUCGCAAACAUUUUAACAAGUAGAAGUAACAAUAAUACACAAAAUGUAUAAUAUAUAUAGUACACAUAUUCUUAUACAUAUACAUAUAAAUAAUUAAUAUAUGGUAGAAUAAUAAAUUAGUUUUUAAUCAUUGUUACACAAGUAGGAAUAUUAAUUUUGUUUUAUUGGAGAUUAUACAUGCGACGUCACAAUUAACUGAUCUUGAAAAACAUUGAACAUGAGAAAUAAAUGGCAAAACGUAUCGCCUCGAUCGAACACUUUAGAGGAAAAAAAA